CGGUACUACGGCGCCUGCGACAUGGGGGGGCGCGGAGGGGACGCCGGAAGUGGCUGUGGCGCGGAUCGGACCGAGGGGUACUCGCCGCCCGCAGCCUCCACCCGCGCGGCGGCCAGAGCCCAGGCCCGUGGGGGUGGGCGUGGCGGUCGCCGGAACACAACUCCCUCUGUUCGCUGUCGGCGCGGGGCGGCGCCGCGUCGCUCGCCUUCACCAGCUGCCAUGAGCGAGCGCCUCCGCCCCAGGAAAAGGAGAAGAAAUGGCAAUGACGAUGACCACCACCCUCCUCCCCAGACCAAAAGGAGCAGUAGGAACCCCAUCUUCCAGGACUCCUGGGACACAGAGUCUUCGAGCAGCGACAGUGGUGGGAGCAGCAGCAGCAGCAGCAGCAGCAGCAGCAGCAUCAACAGCCCAGACAGGGCCAGUGGGCCAGAGAGCAGCCUGAGCCAGAUCAUCCCCGGAUCCUGCCCCAGCACCCCGCAGCCGGUGCCUGAGCAGUCUGCCCUGUGCCAAGGCCCUUACUUCCACAUCAAUCAGACCCUGAGGGAGGCCCACUUUCACAGCCUCCAGCACCGAGGCCGGCCUCCAACAUGAGGCUCCGGCAGCUUCUUGCCUUCUGUGAAGGGACAGCACUGUGCAGAUCGGAUAUUUCAACUUAAUAAUUUGUUUUUAAAAGUUGCACACAGAAAAAAAAAAUGCCUGUUGGCUUUCAGUCUAUAUUUGAGUACUGGGUCAGCAGGCAGCUGUUUACUUGGGUUUUUGCUGCACUAUUGCAAUUGCAGAGGGGCUUGGGAGCAAUUUUUUAUAGGAUUCUUUCAAGAGAGGGCAUCAGAUCCACGUCAUGGCAGUGUAUGAGGAAGUCUCGUCUGACUGAUUUCCACAUCUGUCAAUUAGACGCUGUACUGUAUGUAAAAAGGCCUCUUAAAAAUGCGGGAUCUUCAAUUUUUUUUAAUUCAAUAAACUAGUAAAGAAAAUCUAAUUUCCAUGAAAAAAAAAAAAAAGUAAGUUUUCUCCCCAAAUAUAGGAAGCUUGACUCAGUGUUGCACUGAAGUUAACUGCCAUACUACCUCUUAGUAUGUAGCUGCCGAUGGAAACGCACUCCCUUGGAACAGAACAGUUGCCCGCUCUGAAGACCACAGAAGUCAAGCACCUUUUCUAGCUGUGUAUGGUCUGACUUACAUUUGUAUUUCCAAGGAGAAUGUCACUUCUGUAUGUUUUCUUCUAGUCUGCACCCCAGACGCUACAGAGAACACUGCAGUUCUCAAAGUCAAGAAAUACCUAGUAACUAUCUUAGGAACUUGUGUAUUAACAGCUUAACUGCUAACCCCUUGCAGUACCCAUGACCAAGGCAGUGGUGUGCCGAUGAAGCACAAGCUGCCUGAUAGCUGAAGGAAGAGUGAGGAUUUAACUCAUGCUUAACAGCACCCCUGCCCUGCUAGGGGGCCACAUUCUAUCAUUGGAACCGGAAAAAUUGGUGUGGUGUAGAAACGAGCGGAGGCGCCUCUAGGGAAAACAGUGUGGUAGUAUUUAAUUAGAGAGCCUGGGCAUUGCUACUGUGCUACUUCGUCAUACUAGAGAGCCAGGUGAGCUUGAAUAAUGAUGGUGCAGGCGAGUCGUCGUCCUCACUGGCGAGCUGUCUGAAUAAGGAGCCAGGAUGCACUGGGUCACCUACUCUGGAGAGUGCCGGGGGGCCAACCUGCCGUUAGAUGAAGAGGAAGUGCCUUAAGUGUCCACCCGUAGCCUCCGGCCUGUUCCCCCUUCACUGCAACUCACUCGAGGCCACACAGCACAGGCAGCAAUGUUGAGGAGCAGGGAUGGCUCUAGUAAAGGGUCUGAGGGACUUAUUGGCUCAGAGCCGGUUAUACUCUGAUACAGCUACAGUCUAAAGGAGGCCCAUGCCAGGAAGAGUGAUCAUGCAGAGCCUUCCAUGGUGUGCUCCUCUGACAGCCACAGCAUGGAAAGGCCAGCCAUGUGACAUGGGAACUAUUGUCAUGAAGCCCAGAGUUCAGAAAGUUUUUUUUUUUUUUUUUUUGUUUUUUCUUUAGGACUGUUUUCCAGGUUUUAAAACCAGAUGUUUGCCUGCACUGGGGACCUCACUGGGUUUGCUGGCAGGGAAUGUGGGAGAGGAUAUUUUGCUGGAAUUCUAACAGUAAGGCAAACAGUGCUGUGGGAAGAGAAGCUGUCAAGCACACAUGUACACAACACAAUCCAGAAAUACCCAGGAGGGCUCCGGCAGGCUUAAUGGAUGCGUCCUACUGAAACAAAACAUGUAUUAAUAAACCAUGCUUGAGGAAGCACGUUUCUUCCCAUCUUCCACCCCACUAAAGGCACAGGCGAGACCAUCUGAAGACAAAACGGUCUUCCCAUGCUCUGAUCACAAUGCUGGGGUGCCAGUCAACAGUCGUCACCUCCACCCUACAAAAUGCAAGAAGCCAUCUCCAUCCUGGGCUGUGCUUUUUUCACAGCCUAUGGUCUGGGUCUGGGUAUCUAUUUUGAGGCUGUUUGCUCGAGUCAAUGGGGAUCUUUGUAUGAGCUCAAGCUAGUAAAACCUUGUACUCUCUUACUGCGCCGCCAUUAAAAGCAGCCUUAGUGCAUUGCCGCA